AUGUUUGUGGUAUUUAUUUUUAUUAAAUCCAAGGAUUAUUUGAUUUGUGGAAAUAAAAUACACGCUGUGUUUUUUAUGAGCAGUGGGAUGGAAGUUGCAGUUCUUUCAUGGAACAUGAAUGGUAGAGAUGGAUUGGAGAUUGUGCCUUCGAUUGCGGAUUGUCAGCAGGCAGACAUUGUGCUGAUUUCGCUGCAGGAAUGCUUCAGCCCUUCGCAAAGCAAGGUAAAGAAGACCAUGGCAAAGGCAUUUCCACAUCACAAUGUGGUAAAUGUCGGCAGGGUAUAUGGGCUAUGGUCUGUUGUUCUGUGUAGGAACUCAGGACGUACACGUGAUGUUGAUGCAAAUACAACCAGGAUUGGCCUUGGAGCAUUCGGCAUGAUCAACAAAGGCGCGUGCAUUUCGAAGUUGUCGAAUGGAGUAGUGUUUGUAAGCUGCCACUUGUCUGCACACUUAGAAAACAAUGCGAGGAGAAUGCAGCAGAUUAAAAGUGUAUUUGAAUGCAUUAACGACAGAGACACAGUAUCGAGCACACGCUUGGUUGUUGUUGCUGGAGAUAUGAACUUCCGAAUGACUCAGCGAAUGUCUUUUGAUGCACAGGAGAUGCAUGGCACAAAUGAAGCGCCAGCCAGAUCGUCAAUCAACAGAGCAUUGCAUGAGCAUCCAGAAAGCAUGUAUGCAGUGGAGCAUGAUCAGUGCAAUGAAUUCAAUAAGCAGUAUCCGAUGUUCCAGGAAGACGCGAUAACAUUUCUGCCAACAUACAAGUACGAAGUGGGAUCGAGCUGUUUUAGUGAUAAGCAGCAUCCGUCUUGGUGUGAUCGUGUGUUUGUAUCAUCAUGCAGCGAUGUCCAGUUUAUCAAGUACAUCUCAGAUCCGAGUAUUAUGCUGAGCGAUCACAAGCCGAUUGUAUGCAAAUUCAAUGCUGCCGAAAGCACGCCUGAUGAUUGCGGGAAUCAAGUGAUUCCGGGCGUUGGCUACGACAGCCAUGUGUUUACACGCAUUGCAACAUGGAUAUAUUGCUUCAUGCACGAGUACUACGAUGUUAUGGUGGUUGCAGCAGUUCCUAUUUUUGUGGUUGUGCUUAUCAAGACCAAGGCAAUGAAUACAAGGCUAAAAGAUACAGAACAGAUGCAAGGGCAUAGAUAA